AUGGAAAAGUUAGGCUUUGGGCGGAAAUGGAUUAGAUGCAUUAUGAACUGUGUUAGCACUGCCUCGAUGUCCAUCCUUCUAAACGGCUCACCUCUACAACCGUUCAAGAUGGAAAAGGGGCUGAGACAAGGGGACCCCCUAUCACCAUAUCUCUUCAUCCUGGUCAGCGAAGGGCUAGUUUGCAUUCUGAAAAAAGCACAUGACUUGAACUUGAUUGAGGCGGUUAGUCAUGCUUGGGCUAGGGAUAUUGCUGGAAGUGUUGGUUGCCUCUACUCAAGCCCCCCGUUUAAUUAUCUUGGCUUCCCCGUUGGUGAUUAUAUGAAUAGAUGCUCUGCAUGGAAACCAGUGGUUAAAAAAAUAGAAAACAGACUAGCAUCAUGGAAAGCAAAACUAUUAUCUAGAGCUGGGAGACUAACCCUCAUCAAGAGUGUGCUCAACAGCCAUCCUGUGUAUUACAUGAGUAUGUUCAAAUGCCGAAAACAAUUGCAAUGA